UGGAGGUGGAGGAGAAGAGUCGUAGAGGAGGGGGAAGGAGGAGAGCGGGCGUGAAAGCCGUCGAGUGGGAGCGCCGAGAGAGCAGAGGGGUAACAAGAUGGCUGCCGGUCAGUCGGUAUCGAACCGUCGUGCCGUCAGGAGAGUCUCGCGGACCGCGCGCGGUCACGGCACUUCUCCGUGACCGACGAAUAGAGAAUCUAAAAAAGAGAGAGAGAGAGAGAGAGGUAGAAAAGAAAGAGUGGAGAGAAGAAAACAUAGAAAUAUCCGAAGAGAUAUAUCAAAGAGAGCGACGUGUCUCCACCGAUGGCACCGUUCUUCUCCCGGUGCGACGUACCCCUCGAGGUCGACGAUACCAACGUCUACACUAAUACUUAUCCUCAUCCUAGACCAGCCGAGACGUAAAUCCUCGACUUUGGUCUUCAUUGACCGGCUUGAUAAAUCGUUAAGGAAAGAGGCUAAAGACAGAUAGUAUCUAAAAUAUAAUUCCGUUUUAAAAGUGGAAGAAUAUUUUUUAAAUAUGGAUACUGGAACUGGUCAGAGUAAAAAGCAAAUCCGUGUGGGUUUCUAUGACAUAGAAGGAACCAUCGGUAAGGGAAACUUUGCCGUGGUGAAAUUAGCUAGGCAUAGGAUCACCAAAACCGAGGUGGCAAUCAAGAUAAUCGAUAAGACGCAACUAGAUCCUACUAAUCUGGAAAAAGUUUACAGAGAAGUUGAAAUAAUGAAGCAACUAGAACAUCCUCAUAUUGUUAAAUUAUAUCAAGUUAUGGAAACUAAAAAUAUGAUAUAUAUGGUAUGUGAAUACGCAAGUAAAGGGGAGAUAUUCGAUUACAUAGCACAAUAUGGAAGAAUGGGAGAACCACGGGCUCGGGCAACGUUUGCCCAAAUCCUAUCCGCUGUUGAAUAUUGUCAUGCGACAGGCAUAGCUCACAGAGAUUUGAAGGCUGAAAAUUUGCUCUUAGAUGCUCAAAUGAACGUUAAGAUCGCAGAUUUUGGUUUUAGCAAUAGAUUUGCACCAGGAGAACGAUUAAGUACGUGGUGUGGAAGCCCUCCUUAUGCUGCUCCAGAAGUAUUUAGAGGAAAACAUUAUGCUGGUCCAGAAAUUGACGUUUGGAGCUUAGGCGUUGUGUUAUAUGUAUUAGUAUGCGGUGCACUGCCCUUUGAUGGAUCUACUCUUCAAUCUUUAAGAGAUCGCGUGUUGAGCGGUAGAUUUCGUAUUCCAUAUUUUAUGAGCACAGAUUGCGAGAGUCUUAUACGUAAAAUGUUAGUUUUGGAACCUGCGAAACGAUACACGAUUCCACAGAUCAAAAGGCAUCGUUGGAUGGCAGGUUCAGCAGAUACUGUUUGCUCUGCUAUUAUAACGAGAUCAUCACCGUCUAUUCAAGAACCUAAUGAACAAAUACUUCGACUUAUGCAUAGUUUAGGCAUAGAUAUUACACGAACAAGACAGUCGUUAGGAAAUAGCAGUUACGAUCAUCACGCUGCUAUUUAUUUCUUAUUACUUGAAAGAUUAAAGCAACAUCGUGUUAGCAGUACGACGAAUAAUAUUUGUUGGCCCACAGUUGCUAGAUCGAAAGAAGAUAAAUUUAAGUCAAGAACAAGGGACGAUGUAAGCAGAGGAGGUAAACGGUUCAGUUCAACGAGCUCUUCGACCGAUGAAGGUUGUUGCAGUGCAGAAGGAGAUCUAGAAGAAGGACCAAGCGGUGACGAGUUGAGAGAAGCACAGAUUAAAUUAGAAGAGCACAGGCUUGGCCUAGACCAUGACAUCAGCCAACGAAUCGACAGUCAAAUUGUCAAUCGAAGAUUAAGCGAUUACCAACAACAUUUUGAUAGUCCACUUAUGGAUCCUAUUGAUCCUCCUAGUCGAACGACGUUGUUUCUUGCUGGUGGUAGCGGCAGCUCAUCGUCCGAUCUUUUCGAAUCUAGUUUUGACUCUGGUUGUCCACCAGAUUAUACAGGGGCAAAUUGUUUUACUAGUAGUUUACCUUCUUGCACUCCACCGCCACCUAAAAGUCCCUCUCCGAUAACUGGUAGAAUAUCGCGAGCCUCACAAGGACGCAGAGCAUCCGACGGUGGACCAAGAUUACUUUUCUGUCAGCAAGGAGGUGGUGAUAGACCUACUACAAGGCAACGAAGUAUUCAAGAUUCAGGUAAAGCAAAGGGUCAUUUAGAUCUUGUACAUCUGAGACCACCCUCUACGCCACCUCAAAAUCAACCGCAAUUUAAAAUCCGCGGAGAUUCCGGUACCCAGUUACAACUUCUGGUACAACAACGUAUGUUACAACAGAAACGAAAUUUAUAUCACAGACACCGUGCCGGUGGAAGCCCAACUCCGAUUCCAGUAUCAACCAAUACUACUAGUAGACGUAUCGAUCAUGUAUCGCGACAAGAUAGUUAUAAAAUGGCUCAGAGAACGCAAAUAUUACCACCUUUAUCUCAGGGACACGUCGAUCCUGAUUUUGAUAGAGAUAGGAAGCGAGAAGAAGAAAGAUGGAAGAGCUUACCAUCUCGCUUAGCGGCUGAUUGUCAGUUAGCUGAACGGACGCUCUUAUGGAGUCAACAGGUCGGACUAGGUGGAGGGGCAUCAUACUUGCCACCCGGCAGUGUUGGGGGGUUCUUGUGGCCCACUACGAACAACACGCAUUCAACCAUUUUUGAAAAUGCUGGGGAUCCAAUGGAAUGAAUAUCUGUCCUGUUGUAUUUAGUAAUAACUUAGAGAUUUUGAGUCUGUAAAGCUAGAUUAAGAGACACAACCAUAUAAUAAACAAUAUUGCCUUCCUAGUCUUUCCACAUAAUAAUGUUAUAUUAGUCUUAUUGUGUACAUUUGAUCUUAGAUUUCAAGCAUGAAAUACUGACGUAUACAUAUUUCUUUAUAGUAACGCUUUUACGUUAAACAAUAUUGUAUUCUAGCUUACACACCCAGAAUCUCUAACCACGUGGAUAGUACAUGUUACUGAAUGUCAAAAAUUUAUAUGGUUUUUAUAAGCUCUUUCGUAGAAUAUGUCAUUAUCUGACAACAUUACAAUUAUCCUGUACACACAUAUCUAACGUACAGGGUUAAUCUUUUUAUGCAAAAUGCAAUAAUUAUAAAUAAGAUAUUAAGAUUGAUUUAAAAAAUCUUUGUCAUACAGUAGCAUGUGCGCCUGCCUUAUUACAUGACUGAUCCGAUCAGUCGUAUAUCCAAUUAUAUCAUAGACUGAUAAUUAACAACAAUAAACACCAAUCAAAUUCAUUUUGGAAGAUAAGCGGCAUAUGUCUUCCUUCGUGAAUGUUACUACUUUGAUAUUUCGGUUGAUUGGCUAUAGCAGGCAGAGUAUUCAAUUGCUUAUUCUUUUGGGAAUUAUUUGUAUCACACAUAUGACAAUUCUUAUCAAAUUUUUAUCGUAUAAAUGUUACCAAUGAUUCUCUACUGCCACUGAGUGAGAAGAACGCAAGUGUUCAAAUCAAUGACAAGGUAUUAUAAACGUCUUUUAGUGUAAGCUAUAGGAAUGUAGUAUUUACUUUUUCAAUGGAAAAAGUAUUAAUACGAAUGAAUAAAUUAAAAUCGUUACAUCGAUAUAAAAAGGAAGACAUAUGCUGCUUUUACAUUUUCUUUUUUCUUUUUUCUUUUUUUGGACUAAUAAAAGAGAGUGGAAAUUACAAUAGGAAUACAAUUGUUCUUAAAACACUUCGUUGUUGUUGUUUUAAUUAGGAGAAGUAUUUUAAUAAUAUUGAAUGUACAAAAUUAGAAUAUGUUCAAUCCUUCCACUCUUUUUAAUGGUGCAUACGUUAUGUUAGGAAAUAAUCAUAAUAACAAAGAAAACAAUAAUACUAGUGGUAAAAUGUAGUUGGCAUGUAAGAAUAUGAAAGAAGUGCUGCAUUCUGUAAAAAUGUUUAACAGAAGUCAUUAAAUAUAUAUGCUUUACAAAUUCAUGCAUGAACUGUUAUAAGAGACCAGACUUGAGAUGCUUUGCUUAGUAAUAUAAAAAAAAGAAAAGAAACCAAAAAAAAAAAAAAAGAAAAUUACAAGAAUAUAUAUGAUAUAGAAAGAUGGAUAGAGCACCGAAUAAUAAGAAAGAAAACUUUUAUGGCAAUCAUUAAAUUCAAUAUCUUAAUUAUCAACUGUUUUCAUAAAAAGAGAAAAAACAUAUACACUUUUUAUAUGUUUCCAUUUUUUAACAAUAGGUCAAUUUUAGUCAAGGAUUCGUGUCCAAAGCUCAGAGCAACAAAAAUUUCGUGUUUACAAUAAUAAUGACGACGACGAUGAUGAUUUUAAAGAUGUGAGAUAUCCAAGAGACUAAAUUUUUUUAAAUAAAGCUUUUGUAUUUUUACAUAGAUUUUUUAGCUUUGCACGGUCGUAUCUGUUAGGGAAAGAUACAUAUAAACGAAAUGGUAUCGAACGAAAAAUGUUUUUACAUUUUGAUAUGAAUACAGCACUUUUUAUGCAAAUACAUAACCUUAGAAUUUAGUAGUUUAGUCAGUAGAGUGCAAUACCGGCCGCGCACAACUGACAACGAUUUUACUAUUCGAAUUUUCUGUCAUUUUUUACCCAAAAAAAACAAUCAAACUUUUGCUCAAAGUCUUUUGAUAUGUGUAUCAAUAGCCGUUAAGUUAGCCUAAUUCUCAAAAAAUCUGUCAUUCUAAAAAGGCGUGAAUUUAAAAUAUGUGCAAGACUCAGGAAUUGAAAUUUGUUUCUUAAACCACCGAUUGACAAAAAAUAUAUCCAUUUAAAGUUGUCUUUUUGGAGCGAUAGAUUCGUAGUUUCCAUAAAAACUUGGAUCAUUUACAAGGAUGUAUCAUUCGUUUACCAGCAAUAACAUUCAUUUCAUCUAUGCGCAUCAAGAUACACGCUAGUAUAUGUCUUUACUUUUAGUAUAUACCUUGUAAAAAGACUGUUUGUAAGAUAUUAUUGAUUAUUGGUUUUGCAAUGCACGGUCUAACACAAAUAACAUCUGCGAUAUUUGGUAGAGCAAUUAUUUGCUAUUGAAUUAAGACUGCCACACGAGUUUACCAUCAUACAGAGAUACUAUAAAACAAGUUAUAAAGGUGUAUAUGGAAACUCCAUUUUUGUCCUCCUAGAGAAAAUAGAGAUUUGCUCGUUUCUUUAUUCGUUACAAAUGAUAGAUCAGUAGUUACUGUUUAUAAAUCAUCUACAUAUGUAUACACGCGUGCAUAGAAUGUACCAAAUAAAACAUAUGUGGAUCAAAAAA